AUGGCUUAUAUUUAUUUAGAUCACAGUAAAGUUCAGAAUUUAGUACAAACGCCGCAAGAGGCCCCGCAAGAGGCUCCGCAAGAGGCUCCGCAGGAGGCUUAUCAAGAGGCUCCGGCUCCACAGGAGGCUGUUAUUAUUGAAAGUAAAAAUAAAUUAGAUUCAAUGGAGGCUAAGGCUGAAUCUAAACUAUAG